AUGAGUGAUAAAGCAGAGGAGUCCGCUGUUGGGCCUGAAAACCAAAUGAAACGUCAUGGACAACCCAUGAGUCUUCCUCCACCUAAGAGAAAGCUGAGCAUGGCGCUGCUGUCAGUGGAACAGGAAGGAGACGGAGCAUCCCAGCCCGGGGGCUCAGAUAUGUCCUUGGAAGAUGAUGACCCCAAGGUCACCGCGAUGUCGGGAGAUGUGCCCGAUAAACUGCCAAUACCAGUGGAAAUCAGUGCUGAAAUGAAACAUCAAUUAAGGAGGGAAAUUCGACGAUAUGCACAAAAAUAUGAAAGAAUCUUCAAAUUGCUUGAAGGAGUGCAAGGACCUCGAGAAUUGUGGGAAAAAGUUUGUGUUAUUGUCCGUCAAGAAAACAGCAAGAUUGAUAUUAUCUGA